AUGGGAGCUGCCUGGCAGCGUCCGACGGUGGGCGACUUCGUAUUGGUCAGCGGGCACGGCGACCUGUCGCGCUCGCGGCGCUGGGGGCAGCUCUUUGCGGAUGAUGGGGAGCAGGACAGGCCCUUCUUGGUGAGAUUUCACGAUGGUUUGGAGCCUGAGCUUUCCUGGUGCGAUCUGGAGCGGGUUCGGACCGUGGACAAGGCUUUGGAAGACGCUUCGGACCAGGAAGAGGAGUAUCAAUGCCCCAUUUGCUUCACGCCCUUCGAAGAGGACUCGCAGAUAGUGACGCCCUGUGGCCACUGCUUCUGUCGUUCCUGCAUUGAAAACGCGCUGGCGGCGUGCCAGACCGGAGAUCCCACGGAGAGACCGUGUCCCCUUUGUCGUCAAACCGUAAGCCUCUUCGCGCUCAAAAUGGUGCGGACUGGCCAGAGGAUUCAUUUCCUCAGCGACGACCUGUCGUGCCUCAACGGCAGCGUCUUCGUGUUGCGGAGCCAUAGUGAGGUGGGCUUUGCAUCCUUUCACUUUGAAGAUGGGAACGCAUACAUCAGUCAUAGUUCGGCGCGCUGCCCCUUUGCUGGGCUGGUCUUGGACAAUGGAAGCCUUCCACCAGACAAGAAGUUUUUCGAGAAGACCUUCUGGCACCAAGGCAGCCGCACCUUCCACGGGGAGCUCAUCUGGUCCCCGUGCACCUGGUACGGCUCGGAGCGCUGGCGAAUCGUGAUGCAGUUCUCCGAGGAUCUGGCGUUCGUGACCACCGGUGUCAUGAAGCUCCGGAGCCAUCGCCAUGCUUGUCUGCUGGAUGGCGUGUGGCGCGUGGAGUGGGGCAACGAGAAAGCGCCGGAUCUGAUCCGUGUACAGGGCGGCAUGUGGGAGCACAGGGGCAUGCGCUACUGGCUGAACCUUACAGACCCCGCGAAGCCGUGCUUCGUGUGGCGCGGCCUGGGGGUGACGCAAUGGUGCGAACUGCCCGAGGCGCCCCUGGAAGACGGCCAGUCCUUGCUGUGGGUGACGGACGACCCCAAACAUCCACACAUCAUCUGGAAACGUUUGCGCGGACCUUACGACAGAUAUGACAGGAUUGUUUUCUACAAGCUCUUGGGCCCCAACGGCUUUGAGUAUGUCAGGCAUCAUGAGCUCCGGCUACAAGAGAUGUCUUUCAGAAAGGGACAACUCUUCGGCAACAGCUACCUCCACGCCUCGAAGUUGGGAGUGGAGAGCUACCACUUCGAGGAACUCCGGGACGAUCAGGUGGCUCGCGGCUACAUUUCUUACGAGUCCAUGCCGGCGGAAACUCCCGGCAUGGACACGGGUGCGCCGGUGCCCUAUCGCGUGCCCUUCGAAAAGACCCAUUGGGAUGAGGAGAGCCGUUGCUUCACUGCAGAGGUGGACUACUUGCGCCACUAUGGGUCCACCUGGCAAGGGGUGGCCACAGUCACCUACAGGAUGGUCUUCGACCCCGAGUUCCUCUACAUCCAGUCCGGCUCGGUGAAGUGUCUGAACCCCGCCGCCGGCACUGCCCCGGCGCCGGUGGCUGAGGAGAAGCACUUCGGUAAGGAUUUGGUCUACAUUAACGCCGAUGCCGGGCGGUACCUCCGUAGUCAGGCAGACAAUGGGCGCAAGCCCACACUGCAAAACGUCUCACCGCAGAUUCAAAGAUCUCUGCAAGAAGCGUUGGAUGCUGCCAAUAAGCGAAAUGACAGGUAA